AUGGCUGCGUCCACCCCCAGGAAGAGGCUUAGGGAUGAAAUGACUUGCCCCAUUUGCCUGGACUUUUUCACAGAACCGGUGAUUCUUAAGUGUGGACAAAAUUUCUGCCGAGCCUGCCUUGUCAACCACUGGGUGGCCUUACCUGGAAACAACAACACCUGUCCUCACUGCACAGAGAGAGUUCAGCAGAAGGACUUGAAGCCAAACAGGCAACUGGCCAAUGUGGUUGAGAUAGUCAAAGAGUUCUGGGUAGAGGGAAAGCAGGAAGCAGUAAAAUGGACAGUCUGUGAGAGGCAUCAGGAGCCUCAGAAGCAUUUCUGCAAGGAGGAUGGAGCCCCCAUCUGUGCGGUGUGCAAACACUCCGAGGAGCACCAAACUCACAAUGUGGUUCCUGUGGAAGAGGCUGCCCAGGAGUACAAGAUUCAGAUCAACAGGAGACUGAAUAUUCUGAAGAAGGAGAGAUUAAAAAUGGUGGAGUCUGAAGCAGAAAGAGAAAGAGAAAACGAAGACCUGCUUAAGCAAACAAAAGCAGAGAAGGAGAAGACAGUGGCUGAGUUUGGGCAACUACACCUAUUCCUGGAGGAACAAGAGCAACUUUUCCUGGCCAAGAUGGAAGAGGUGGAGAAGGAGAUUGCAAGAAGAAGGGCUGAGCAUAUUAACAGAGUCAGAGAGGAGCUCUCCUCCCUUACAAGUAGCAUUCAGGAGAUGGAGAAGAUGUCUCAGCAGUCACCAGGUGAAUUGCUGCAGAAUAUCGGAAGCACUUUGCAGAGGUGUGAGGAGGAGUUGCCUACGAGUUCGGUGGCUUUCCCCCUUGAACUCAAGUGGAGCAUUGUGGACAUCUGCGAUAUACAUAGCUUUCUGGAGGGCAUCAUGAAGGAAUUUAAAGAAAAUUUGUCAUCGGGACUUCAGCUGCAGAAAGGGGUUUGGGCUGUGGGGAAGUUGAGAGGUGCAGGUUGGUUUUCCAGUGACUUUGAUUCCCCUCCGCUACUGAGUGCAAAGAUCAAGAGGAUCCACGUGUCUUUGAACUAUGAUGCAGGGCGGGUAGCCUUCUAUGAUGCUGACUCUGGAGCCUCGCUCUUUGUCUUCUCGGGAGCCUCGUUCUGUGGAGAGACCCUUCUCCCUUUAUUUAUGGUGGAUCCUCUGGAGCCCAACCUUCAAGAGCAAGUGACGGCCCUAAUUCAGCCAUGCCUCCAAGAGGUGCAGGCCGAGAUUGCUGCCUUCGGAGACGGUGCACCACCUCUAUGA